AUGAAAAACCAACCACAAAGACUAGCUUUUGACCCAGCUUUACAAUGCCCUUAUUGCUAUAGAAAAUUCCUUCAGCAAAAAGAAAUUGCCAUACAUGUCACAAGCAUGCACCCCUCUGAAAAAAAUGCCAAAAACCUACUGAAAUAUACAAUUGACAAUUGGUAUAAAUGUGAUGAAUAUGAGACUUGUGAGUAUAUUUUCCAAGUUAUAACUAACCAGGUCAAGCCUGCUAAAAAGAAACCGAAUCAGUAUCAAGCUUUAAUUAAUGCAGAAUCCAACAACAAUUCACGAUCAGAUGUGCUGAUUUUAUUAGAUGAAGCUAUUGAUGCAAAUAAAAUGAAGCUAAAAAAUAAAGGGGAUAAUGUUGAAGAAAUUUAA